AUGACUAUCGAAAUAGUUCCUUCCGUGGCCGUCGGUGCCUCUCAAUUCGGGCCUAUUCUAUGGACUGCGGUCGCCAUUAUCCUUACGAUUAUCUCUGUUGCCCUCAGUGAUGCCAGACCUUAUCCGGGUCUCAAGCUGGUUGGCAAAGAGGCGGGCGAGAUCUGGAAUUCCCAGGCGAAGAAGCGUUACGUUGAGCAUGGCGUUCAACUUAUGAAGAAAGCUUUCCAAGAUUGCAAAGGCAAGGCGUUUCAGGUGAUCGGUUCGAAUGGGCCUAUCAUCAUUCUGCCACCGGCAAUGAUAAACGAAAUCCGCAACAAUCAAAACUUGAGCUUUAUUGACUUCUUGAAGCAUGCGAACCGUCUCCUCAGUCCACAUGUGGCUAUUCGGCGUCGUGCACGUCUUGAAGCUAUACAGUCCGGCAAUCCGCCGCCAGAGUUCAAAGACGCGCUUGGUUGGCUUGAUGAAACUGCCGGAGAUCGACCGUACAAUGUAGUCUACGGACAGCUGAUGAUCAGCUUGGCAUCGAUGCACAGCACAAGCUCGACCCUGAUGGCUCUCAUGUACCACCUACUUGAGAACCCUUCCUAUUUCGACAUGCUACGCCAGGAAAUGGUCGAAGUUCUACAGGAACAUGGCUCCCUAUCAAAGGUCAGCUUGUACAAACUCAAACUGUUGGACAGCUGCAUGAAGGAAAGCCAGCGACUUACCAGUGUCAACGCACUCUCCUUGAUGCGCUACGUCCACAAUAAGGUCACACUCUCCGACGGAACACAUCUCCCAAAAGGUUCAGUGAUUGCAGUGCCCCAAUUCCACAUGAGCGACCCUGCGAACUGGGGUCCCGAUGCGAGUAGAUUCGAUGGCCACCGAUUCUUGCGCAUGCGCGAACAGCAAGGGAACGAGGGUAAGUGGCAGUUCGUUUCCACAAGCCCGGAUCACUACGCCUUCGGCCACGGACAGCACGCAUGCCCGGGCAGGUUUUUCGCUAGCAACGAGAUCAAGAUACUCAUGGUACAUUUACUCCUCAAGUAUGACUGGAAGUUCAAGGACGGGCAGACGGAGCAACCGAAGAGCAUGAGCGACACGGAUUUUAUGCCAGACCCUGAAGCAGUCAUUCUGUGCAAAGAGAGGAUUCCCGAGGUCGCCUUCUAA